AGUUGUGGGCAAGUUUCCCGCGCGUUAUAGCGUCGUGCUAAAGUUGCGUUCCGAAGUUAUGAGUGUUUAGCGGCAGUUGCUGUUCCAGUUCUUCCUACUACGACAAAAGAUCAUUCAAAAAUGGGAGCCCCAAGAGCCUGCCUAAUUUUCAUCACCAUCCAACUGGUAUCCCUGGCCUACGCGCAAGAAAUGUCUAAGCGCGUGCCCCAAGGCUUCCUCGGCAUGCGCGGGAAGAAAUAUUUCGAAGACGAUGGCACCGAGCAGUUCUACAAACGAAAACCUCAAUUCUUCGUCGGUGUGAAAGGGAAAAAGAGCCUUCAAGACAUAUUAGAGGUCCCUGAAGAAUUCUACAAGCGCGCUCCUAUGGGGUUCUUAGGAAUGAGAGGCAAGAAAGAGCAGAGGUUCCCAGACUUCAACAGCAAUGAGUUGUACCUCAAGAGAGAUGGCUCUCUGAUAGGCCAGAUAGAUUACUCGUCAAGCGAGAACCCCAAUGUCUCUGAUUUCCCCCUUCUGAACGAACUCCUACUCCACUACAUCUCGCAGGUCAACAGCCCCUCAAACAUUAUCGCGGAAUCAACAGAAUCUGAUGCUGACCAAUCGAGCAAUGAAAUUGAGAAGCGAGCGGCUAACAUGCACCAAUUUUACGGCGUCAGAGGAAAGAAAUCCCUAAACAACCUGAGCUUCCGCGGCAAAUUCAUCGGCGUCAGGGGCAAAAAAGACCUAAAAAACAGUGGCCCUCAUGAAAUUAAAUUCUUGGUCGACCAAAACGGACCCCUGCCUAAGAGAAAGGCUCAGAUGGGCUUUUUCGGAAUGCGAGGCAAGAAGUGGACUGAAGAUACCAGUUCCGAGUCGGACGUAACAAACUAAGUGUCUUCAAACGUUGAUUACAAUACAAGUAUUAAAAUAAACUAAUAAAUAAAUAAAUAAAAUAUAAUUAAAACGCUACCUACUUCUUGAGAAAGACUUACCUUUUCAACAUAUCCUAUGUGUAAGAAGUUCUUGCCAAUAAUUACGAGGCUUAUUUUAGCGUUGUUUUCACUGUUUGUUAUAUAAGAAGUUCUAGUCAGUAAAUAUCUAUAAAAAAUACUAAUUAUAUAAAUAUAUACAUACUAAUAUUGUCAAAUUGAAACUGUUAAUAAUUAUACUUUAAAUAUAAAUUUGUUUAAAAUGUAUUUCAACGGCAGAAUUAUUGUAUUAUUCGUUUAUAUUGUUUUUAUUUUUAGUUGACAUGUGUCUAUUUUUACUAAUUUAAAAGAAAUGCCGUGGUUCCGAUGGUCGGACAGCAACAUCUUAAAUUAUUAUUUUCAUAAAUUACAACUUGAAUUGUUUUGACAAAACUUAGUA